AUGGAUCAGGCUGACAGAAGCUUGGGGCAAUUCUUGUAUUUUGUCAUUCAAGGGAAGGGAACUACUUUUAUAUUCACUGAUCUCGAUAUCAAAGAGGAAGGAUUCCUUGAAUAUCUGAACAAUAUUUUGUCAUCCGGUGUUAUUUCCAAUCUUUUUACCAAAGAUGAGCAACAAGAAAUAAUAUCUGAACUGACUCCUAUUAUGAAACGUGAAAAUCAAAAACGAACUUUGACGAACGAAUUGGUAAUGGAAUAUUUUCUGAACAGAACUUGUCAAAAUCUUCAUGUAGUACUCUGCUUCUCUCCGGUCAGUGAAGCCUUCCGAUAUCGUGCCAUGCGUUUCCCUGCCCUCAUAUCUGGAUGCACAAUUGAUUGGUUUCAACCGUGGCCUAAAGAUGCAUUGGUUUCUGUAGCUGAUCAUUUUUUGGCAGAAUUUGAAAUUGAAUGCACGAAAGAGGUGAAAAAAGAACUAGUCACAGUUUUAGGAACAAUUCAAGACGUGGUAUCUCAAGUUUCAGUAGAAUAUUACCAAAGAUUCCGUCGUUCAUCUCAUGUCACACCCAAGUCUUAUCUUAAUUUUAUUGGUGGCUACAAAACUAUUUAUCAAAUGAAACAAAAAGAAUUAGGUGAUGGUGCUUUAAGAAUGGAUACUGGACUCGAAAAACUUCGAGAAGCUUCUAUAUCUGUAGAGGUUUUGAAAAAAGACUUAGCAGUCAUGGAGCAAGAUUUAGCUUUAGCUUCUGAAAAAGCUGGUCGAGUCUUGACGGAAGUAACAGAAAGAGCAAUGCAGGCUGAAAUUGUAAAAAAUCAAGUACAGAUAGUCAAAGAAAAAGCAGAAGCUCUUGUAGCCUACAUUGCAGAGGAAAAAGAAAAAGCUGAAAUAAAACUCGAAGCUGCAAAACCUGCAUUAGAAGAAGCUGAGGCAGCCCUGAAUACUAUCAAACCGGCACAUAUAGCUACAGUUCGUAAGCUGGGCAGACCUCCACAUCUUAUUAUGAGAAUCAUGGACUGUGUGCUCAUUCUCUUUCAACGUCGUUUACACCCUGUUAUAUCGGACACAGCUGCUCCCUGUCCGAAGCCAUCUUGGGCAGAAUCUUUAAAGAUGAUGGCUAGUACGACAUUUUUGUUGCAACUUCAAAACUAUCCAAAAGACAUAAUAAAUAAUGAAAUGGUUGAACAUCUUAAUCCGUACUUUGAAAUGGAAGAUUACAAUAUGGAUACAGCUAAGAGAGUAUGCGGAGACGUUGCUGGUUUACUGUCUUGGACAAAGGCGAUGGCUUUCUUUCACAGUGUCAAUAAAGAAGUGUUGCCUCUUAAAGCUAAUCUUUUGCUGCAAGAAGCCAGGUUGAAGGUGGCUAUGGAUGACCUGGCAUCGGCAGAAAGGCAAUUAGAAGAAAGAGAAAUGUCGCUCAGAAAGGUAAAGGAACAAUAUGAAUCAGCAGUUUCUGAAAAACAACAAUUGACCGACGCUGCUAAUGUGUGUUUAAGAAAGAUGACAGCUGCUACAGCACUGAUAAAUGGGCUGGGAGGUGAAAAGAUAAGAUGGACUCAACAAAGUAAAGACUUCAAAGAACAGUUGGGAAGACUGGUUGGUGAUGUUGUUUUAGCUACUGGGUUUUUGUCGUAUUGUGGUCCUUACAAUCAAGAGUUCAGAAAUAGUUUACUAAAGACUUGGAUGGGGAUUUUGACAAGCAAACAAAUACCUGUAACUCAGGAUUUAAAUAUCACUAAUAUGCUGGUAGAGAAUGCAACUAUAUCCGAAUGGACUUUACAAGGACUGCCUAAUGAUGAACUAUCUGUCCAAAAUGCCCUUAUUGUAACCAAGUCUAGUUCCUACCCGCUUUUAGUAGACCCUCAAAGUCAAGGAAAGAAUUGGAUAAAAAACAAAGAAAGCUCCAAUGAAUUGCAAAUUACUUCUCUAAAUCACAAAUAUUUUAGAACUCAUUUGGAAGAUAGUCUGUCUCUAGGAAGGCCUUUGCUAAUAGAAGAUGUUGCCGUUGAAUUAGAUCCCGUAAUAGACAACGUACUGGAAAAGAAUUUCAUUAAAUCAGGAUCGAUUGAAAAAGUAAUUGUAGGCGACAAGGAAUGUGAUGUAAUGCCUGGAUUUAUGCUGUAUAUCACUACAAAACUUCCUAAUCCGGCGUAUUCACCUGAAAUAAGUGCUAAGACAUCGAUUAUAGACUUUACUGUAACCAUGCGGGGACUCGAAGACCAGUUGCUUGGGCGAGUGAUCUUGAUGGAAAAAUCUGAUUUAGAAGAAGAGCGCGUAGCCUUAUUUGAAUCUGUUAUGAAAAAUCAGAGAAGUAUGAAAGAGUUGGAAAGCAAUUUACUUUGUCGUUUAACGUCCUCUGAAGGAUCUUUGGUAGAUGACGAAGCUUUAAUUCAAGUAUUACAAAUAACAAAAACAACUGCAGAGGAGGUAAACGAAAAACUUAAAGUAGCUGAAGUAACAGAAAAGAAAAUUGUAAAAGCGAGAGAAGAAUUUAGGGCAGUCGCUGCCAGAGGCUCCAUCCUGUACUUCUUGAUUGUGGAAAUGAGUAAUGUUAACAUAAUGUACCAGAACUCAUUAAAGCAAUUUUUAAAUAUUUUUGAUAACUCAAUAACUAAGUCUACAAAGACCAAUGUAACUGAAGAAAGAAUAAAUAUAAUUUUGAAGUAUUUGACGCACGAGGUUUGGGCGUUUACGUUACGCAGCCUGUAUGAACGCCACAAAGCCUUAUUCACACUUAUGUUAGCGAUGAAAAUAGACUGUCAAAGUGGUUUGAUUUCGCAUGACGAGUUUAUGGCAUUUAUCAAAGGCGGUGCGUCGUUAGAUUUGAAUGCCGUCACACCAAAACCAUUUAGAUGGAUUUUAGAUAUUACCUGGUUGAAUCUCGUUGAAAUAAGUAAACUUAAAACUUUUGGUGAUGUUCUUAGCAGGAUAACAAGUAAUGAAAAAGAAUGGCGCGUUUGGUAUGAAAAAGCAAAACCAGAAGACGAAAGUUUUCCAUGUGGUUAUCAAGAAAGCUUGGAUGUCUUUAGAAAGCUAUUGCUGAUUAGAUCUUGGAGUCCUGAUAGAACAUUGUCUCAAGCACGAAAAUAUAUAUGUGAUUCUCUUGGGCCUGAAUAUGGAGAAGGGCGCAUUCUUAACUUAGAAACUACCUGGGAAGAAUCCGAACCCCGUACUCCUUUAAUUUGUAUUUUAUCUAUUGGGUCAGACCCUUCAGCACAAAUCGCAACACUUGCAAAAGCAAAAGAAAUCGUUUUGAAAUCGGUAUCUAUGGGACAAGGGCAAGAGAUAGUAGCAAGAAAAAUGAUUUCUGAUUCCAUGAACGAAGGUGGUUGGGUACUGCUCCAGAAUAUCCAUUUAUCACUUCCAUUCUGUGUAGAAGCAAUGGACGCCUUGAUUGAAACAGAGCAUAUUCAAGAAUCAUUUAGACUUUGGCUUACGACAGAAGUGCACACUGAAUUUCCUAUUGGCCUACUACAAAUGGCUAUCAAGUUUACGAAUGAACCUCCUCAAGGCAUCAGAGCGAGUAUGAAGAGAACGUAUCAAAACAUAACGCAAGACAGCCUAGAUUAUUCAUCUCUAUCUCAAUGGCCUCCACUCCUAUACGCGGUUGCAUUUCUACACACGAUCGUACAAGAACGAAGGAAAUUUGGACCUUUAGGAUGGAAUAUUCCGUACGAAUUUAACCAAUCAGAUUAUGCUGCUAGCGUUCAAUUUGUGCAAAAUCAUUUAGAUGAUAUAGACCCUAAAAAGGGCAUAUCUUGGCCAACAAUAUGCUAUAUGCUUGGUGAAGUAAUGUACGGUGGUCGUGUCACAGAUGAUUUCGACAAACGCUUGCUUACUACUUUUACAAAUGUGUGGUUCUGUGACGUACUUUUACGCCCUGGUUUCGAGUUUUAUAAAGGUUACAAAGUUCCUACAACACGAAAUAUUCAAGGAUAUGUAGAUUAUAUCAAUCAGCUCCCUCUGACUGACACUCCUGAGGUAUUUGGGCUGCACGGAAACGCUGAUAUAACGUAUCAAAUUAACAGCGCUAAAGACAUUUUAGAUACGAUAUUAAAUGUUCAGCCCAAAGAAGGAGGUAGUCAAGGCGGAGAAACGAGAGAAAGUAUCGUAUAUCGGUUAGCUGAGGACAUGUUGGAAAAGCUACCAAAGCAAUACGUCAGUUUUGAAGUAAGAGAAGCGCUGGUCAAAAUGGGUGCUUUUCUUCCGAUGAAUAUUUUUUUAAGACAAGAAAUUGAUAGAAUACAAAAAGUAGUAAAAACAGUUAGUUCUACGUUAUGCGACCUGAAGUUAGCCAUUGACGGGACUAUUGUGAUGAGUCAGGGUCUCAGAGAAUCAUUGGACGCUAUGUACGACGCACGUAUUCCUCAGAAAUGGCUCAAGGUAUCGUGGGAGUCGGCGACGCUAGGGUUCUGGUACACAGAGUUGUUAGAACGUGAACAGCAAUACAGAAUUUGGCUGCGAAACGGGCGACCCUCUGCAUUUUGGAUGACUGGCUUUUUUAAUCCACAGGGAUUUUUGACAGCUAUGAGACAGGAGGUGACACGUAGUCACAAGGGUUGGGCUCUGGACUCUGUGGUGCUCCAAAACCACAUCACAAAGCUUAAUCGGGAAGAAGUCCACGAAGGGCCCGCGGAGGGCGUUUAUGUAUACGGCCUGUUUUUGGAAGGAGCCUCCUUGGACAGGAAAACCGGUAAACUGAUAGAGUCAAAGCCCAAAGUGCUAUACGAACAAAUGCCUGUCAUUUACAUCUUCGCCAUUAACACAACUGCAGGCAAAGACCCAAGAUUAUAUGAAUGUCCAAUCUAUAGGAAACCACAGCGUACCGACGCGAAGUACGUCGGGUCUAUAGAUUUUGAAACGGACAGCAACCCCAGGCAUUGGACGCUAAGAGGUGUGGCUUUGCUGUGUGACAUCAAAUAAAUUUACUUUCAUCUAACUAAAUUAUUUAUAUUGAUUCUGGAAA